ACUGUUAUACGCUUUGAGAUCACUCGUGAGGUUGCGUGACGUGAGGAAGGUUGUCCAGAGAGGAGUUCCCCAAGUGCAGUCACUCACCCUCGUUCGACUCGAUCAGGGUCCGCCGCGGUUUCAGUUCAACUCUGCCAAAAGACUGAGCCUGCAAGAUGAAGAGGCGGCAUUUAGUUAGCGUUUUCUUCCUGCUCUUCGCCGUCUGCAAGGUCUCCCUUGCUGAGGGCCCAAAGUGCCGUUUCCCUGGAGCACCAGCCCACUCGACCGUCACCUUUUCAGACGAUGAAAUGUCCACAGGCACCGUGGCCACCUACAGCUGCGAAAGGGGCUUUGAGUUGCUAGGCCCCUCCAGACGGGUGUGCGGCGAAGACGGAACGUGGGCACCUGAAGGGAUUCCCUUCUGCGUUCUGAACGUGGCCGCUGGAAAGGCGCCUAUGCAGAUCAGUACCGACCAGGGUGGUAUCCCGCAAAAGGCCAUCGACGGAAGCACCAGCUCGUUCUACAACGCCGAAACGUGUUCCCUGACGGCGCCGGAACGUGCUGCAUGGUGGUAUGUCAACCUGCUCGAGCCCUACAUGGUGCAGCUGGUGCGCCUCGACUUUGGAAAGUCCUGCUGCAACGAUAACCAGCCUGCCAGCAUAGUGGUGCGCGUUGGCAACAACCGACCUGACUUGGCCACCAAUCCCAUCUGCAACCGUUUCAACGGCUUCCUUGAAGAGGGCAAACCACUCUUCUUGCCUUGCAACCCGCCCAUGCCCGGCGCAUUCGUCAGCGUCCACCUCGAGGCAUCUUCACCGGCCGCUCUUUCGAUCUGCGAAGCUUUUGUUUAUACUGACCAGGCUCUGCCAAUUGAGCGUUGUCCCCAAUUCCGCGACCAGCCCCCAGGCAGCACCGCGACCUACAACGGCAAGUGCUACAUCUUCUACAACCGGCAGCCGCAGACGUUCCGCGAGGCGACCGCCCUUUGUCGCAGCCGCGGCGGCACCCUCGUUGACGAAAGCAACCCCGCCCUGCAGGGCUUCAUCAGUUGGGAGUUGUGGCGCCGCCACCGCUCCGACACCAACGGCCAGUACUGGAUGGGUGCCGUGCGCGACCCUGAGGACCGCAACAACUGGAAGUGGAUCAACGGCGACGACGUGACCGUUUCCUUCUGGAACCUGCCCGGCGGCAACGAAGACUGUUCGCGAUUCGAUGGCGCCAAGGGGUGGCUCUGGUCGGACACCAAUUGCAACGCCAAACUCAACUACAUCUGCCAACACCAGCCCAAGGCUUGUGGCAGACCCGAACAACCCCCGAACUCGACCAUGGUGUCCCCCAACUUCAACGUGGCCUCCACCGUUGAAUACACUUGCGACGACGGACACCUCCUGGUCGGACCUCCCUCCAGAACUUGCCUCCCCACAGGCUUCUACAACGAAUUCCCUCCCGUCUGCAAACGUAUCCACUGUGGCCUUCCUGCCGAGAUUUCAAACGGAAGGUACCACCUGAUCAACGGCACUGUCGGAUACCUCAGCCAGGUUGUCUACUCCUGCAACCCUGGCUUCAGACUUGCUGGAAAGGCCGACCUCCUGUGCGACGUUGAUGAGAGAUGGAAUGGACCUCCACCCCGCUGCGAGGUCGAUGCCUCUGCAAAUGCCCCUGCCGGAUCUGGCAACCAGAACGUGUAUGUGGCCAAGCCUGGCGCUGGUUUCAGCCGCCCUGCCAUCCUCCCCACCCUCCGGCCGUCCACCACCCCUGUCCGAAGACCCCCAGCACCUCCGACCACUGACAACGCACCUGAAGUCGAACCUUAUCCUGGAGACAAUGAAAUCCCUGACGUCAACAUCAGAAACGGAAACAACCCCAACGCCAAUGUGCCAAGCUCCGUUGAGGAGGAAAGAAUCAGAGAUGGAAGCCCAAGACUUAAUCUUGGCGCCAUCAUUGCCCUUGGAGUUUUCGGAGGCUUCGUCUUCCUUGCUGCAAUCAUCACCACAAUUGUGAUCCUCGUCAAGAGCAGAAAUCGCACGGCUAAGCACUUCCGGCACCGAGCGUCCCCCGACAGCCACACAGUCGCCUCGUACGACUCUUCCGGCUCCGAGAGCCGCGGCGGCCUCAACCGCUACUACAAGCAAGCCUGGGAGAACCUGCAGGAGGGCGGCGUCGCCCACGGCAAGGUCAAGAGGAAAGACGACGAGACCUUCGGCCGCAACCGCGACUCGGCCGAGAUUAUCGUCGACAACAAGAGGAGGCACCACCACCACCACAGCCACCACCCGGACGGCGACUGGAGGAACGGACGCGCCAACGUCAAGCCCAAGAAUAGAUAUUAGAAUAAAAUUUGAACAAAAUCACCCCGUUAGAAACAAAACGAUAAAAUCUCUCAAAUAAACUCGGGGCUCGUUAAAUUAAAUAAAAUAAAAUCCAAGCCAAAUUUAUUUUUCUUCGAGGUGCUCUAUUUUUUUGAGCGAUGAGUUCCUUGACCAUGCCAUAAAAAGACUGCGUUCUGUUCAUGGUAAGGUUAAUGCGACUCAUCUCUAUGUACUUUUGCAAUAAGUGAGACGGAAAAUUUAUAUGAUUUUUACUUUCAAUAUGAAAAAAAACGCUAUUUAAAUUCCGAUAAUAUUUUUCUAAUAAAAUAUAUGCGAAUCCGAAACGGCUAGUUUUGGAUUGACGCGAGUGCUAAAUAUAUAGAUGUGAAUGGGUGUGCGUGAGGAUUUUCUUGUGAAAACGACGACGACGUGUGCGUGUUAUUAGUUUUUAUAAUCCAGAAGAAGCGUACCUAAUGUAUUAAGUCUUUUGAGAGAAGAAUUGAAUCAUAGACAAACAGCAUUAUACCCACAGGUGGAAUACGAUAAUUCUUGUCUAUACUAAUUUGUACAUGUAAUUUCUUAAGUUCUAAAUAUAAGGUUGUAUGAGAUGUGUAAU